AUGAGUCGAUCACCUUCAUUUUCUGUUAAACAGGAGCUUAGUCUGAAGAUUAAUUUGGAAUCUUUGCAGCAAUGGGUUGCUGCCUUUUGCAUUAUUAGAUUUGAUCUUGAACAAGGUCAGCUCAUUGAAGAGUGUUAUCCACCUGGUUAUCUCUCAAAUGAAGAGGAACUAGAUGUUGCUUUCAGUUCAUUUCCGGACUCUGUUUCCCAGAACCAGAACCGUUCAAGCAUUCAUGAUUGCAUAUUCUUUUUCCGCAUCCAAAGGCGGAAGAGUUCUGAACAAGGGAAUGUUACUUCUUCGGAGAUAAUAGAAAUUGAUGAUAAAGAAGUAUCUUCAAAGUCCAUGAAAGAGAAGGUAUUCAAUAGCAGAAAAACUAGAAAUGAUACCAAAUGUUUGAAAUACUUGUAUGGUUAUGUAUUUAAUAGACAACGGCAUGAUGAGAGGCUAAAGAGAGGUGGAGAACAAAAAUCUGUUGUGAUAUUAUCUCAUAAUCCUUACUCUAGUGUGUUUAGGCCUUUGUUACAAAUCAUGGGUCCUUUAUAUUUCGACAUAGGAAAGAAAGCUCUUGAGCAUAUUGCUGCUUAUGUUUCAAUGUGGCCUGCUCCUGUACCUGGCAAACAAAUUGAGCUUCCUAUUGGGAAUGCGUUGCUUAAAGUUAGCUUGCCACCUGCUCAUAGUCUGCCCUUUGAAAUUGGGAUGUUUGAAGAAUCUGCUUCUGCCAUGGCACCUUUUCUUCCAAAUAAUCAGUCAAUUCCACAGGGUCUUUUUCAUGAUUCAGAUAUUUUUGGUACAUUUCGGGGAAUCUUGUUGCAGCUUUGGUUGUUAUGGGAGUUGUUGCUUAUUGGGGAACCCAUUCUCAUCAUAGGACCAACACCUCCCCAGUGUUGUGAGGCAGUUGCAAGUCUAGUCAGCUUGGUUGCACCACUGCCAUGCAGUGUUGAUUUUAGGCCAUAUUUCACCAUCCAUGACCCCGAUUUUAAGCAUUUGAAUUCACUUCAAGAAGGGGAUACUUUCCCUCCAAUGAUUUUGGGUGUAACAAAUCUAUUUUUCCUUAAAGCUCUUCGUAAUAUUCCCCACAUUAUUUCAGUUGGCAGUCCUGCUCCUAAUUCAAACCGGGUUCCUUUUUCAAGUAGUUCUUCUUCUAGCAGAAUUCCUGGAAGACCAGAAGGAUUUGGUCUUCAUCAGCUUUCGUUGAAGAAGUUUUCUCCUUCAAAAUUGUUGAGUGCUGUUAAGUUAAGGAGAGAUGGUCCUCUUUGCCUUAUGACAGAACAUAAGGAAGCCAUUUGGAGUACCUAUGUUGCAACAACUAAGCCUGACACUUCUAUCUUGAAUAGGCUUAUUGACGCUGGAAUGUCACCAAGGGUUGAGGAGUCAAUGUCAGUUGUUAACAAUGAAAUAUUGCGCCGUCAUUUCUUAGAGCUCACCACCAACUUUUUGGCUCCUUUUGGACCAUAUUUUAGGGCCACCACUCCUUCUGAAGGAUCUAUUCCAUUCACUGACCCUCCCCCUCUUCCUCCAUUUGAUGCUGAUGAAUUUCUGGCAAACUUAUCAGCAAGAGGUGUGGGGAAGUUUUUGUUGAAGAGGAUGAAGUCUAAUUGGCUGGAUUUAUACAAGAGGUUCCUGAAAGGGCCAAACUUCAUACCAUGGUUUCAAAGAAGGCGCACUGUUGCUGAACAAGAACAACAUAGACUCUGGAGGCAGGCAAGAAUGAAGGCAGACAUACAGCUUCUCAUAUCAAAAAUGCCAGAAUUGGAAAUUGUUGAUUCUUUCAGUGCUAUUGAAAGACAUCUCCACGGAGAAAUUCAGAUGGAGAAGUCAGGAAGGGCUGGCGCAGACUUUGCAGAAACUUGCCAGAAAUUGAAGAAAGAUCUGCAGGCAGUGUUCAAUGUCCUUCCCAAAGACAUGCAGCAGCUUUUGCUUAUGAACCCUGAAAGAGCAGCUCUUUUACAAGUAAGUUCAGAGCCAACAAAACUUCCUGGCCGCCCAUCCUUACAAAUUGGGGUUUUAUCUUCCACAUCACCCAGAUAA